CACACAACAGUUUAACUGUAAAGUGUAAACUGUUAUAUAGACCGUAGGUAAUAUUUGCAGGAUUCAAACCAUAGCACAAACUUGAUUGUAAAGUUUAAAAAAAAUAUAAAUUACUUUCUUUAUUUCCUCGAGUCAUUAUCACAGCAAACUCACUAGCAGACUCAUGUAUUUCUACUAGACGUCGACGCGAAGUGGCUCGAAGACUUCCGUCGAGCUCUACUCCGCGGCAGCCACGACUACGGGCCCGCGGCCGCCGUCCCGAGCAGCACAACCAGUUCAGCUAAAAGAAAACAGAAUGCUUCCGAGGACGCGGUCGCGUCGCGUGAGCUCGGCAUCUCUCGGCGGGAUCUGCGAGGACCGAAGCCUGGAGACUCGUUUAAUGAUGCUGAGCUAGAUGGCCCGGAUGCGCCCCGAAGAGCUUUUCUAGAUAGUUUGUAUGAGUUGGAAGAUCAACUCAAACCCGUGUAUGUCCAGUCCAAACCUAAUAGCAUUGAUCCUUUGAAGGAAAGCAGAAAAAGAUGGAACGAACAGAUCUCUGAAGAAAAAAUAUCACAAUAUAUUGAAGAAAAUGGAAUAAAACGGUACAAGGUGCACAUGGACCCUAAAGAGAGGUUUCGAAAUAAAUUUGUUGGUGUCAUUCCUAGGCUGGCCGAAGAAUGGGACAUUAGAAAACCUCAAAAAGAAACACAUGUAGGCGCUUCAGAGGGUAAAUAUAAACAACAUAAUAAUGAACGAAUUGAAGACAUGUAUCGAUAUGUAGAUAAAAUACCGUAUGACCAGGGUAAGUACGAAAACCAGAGAAACGAUAGACUUUCAAGAAAUGAGGAAGAAAAUAGGCCGAUUAAGUACGGUGACGUUCUUGACGGUACGCAGUUCAGACCUAAAAGUGUGCAAGGUGUUAACAUCGAACAAUCACAGCAGUACAGUUCUAGCAGUUCUGAUGAAAGUGCUAGUUCGGAAACUCAAGAACGAGAUGUCUCGGAGUAUAAGCAGGAGAGUCUCCGCUCGCGAUACGUGGAGGACGGGAGGAGGAACGCAGGAGCGGGAUACGGUGAGCGCUUUGCAGCGAGGCGGGAUAAGGAGCUGCUGGCGGAUAGGAUGGCCUCGUCGACCACACCUUGCAGAUGCCGGUCAGAACACUCUCCCGUGCUUUAGAUCUGAUGAAUUGAGAAGUUGAUUUUGUAGGUGUACUUAUUAUUUUUACAGAAUUUUAUUUUACUGCCCUGUUAGUUAAUAUGUAUGUUAGAUUAGGACAAAUCUUGGAACUUCCUGAUAUUCGAUAAUAAAUAAGGCUUACUUAAUAUUAUUAUCUGAACCUUUUUCUGAGGUAUGCCAAUAAAGAGUAUUCUAACUCUUCUUCUUCUACCUAGCGAUGUCCCGGCCUUGGCCAGGGUCCGCUUUCCAGCUUGCUUUCCUCCACUUUGCGCGAUCCUGGGCGUCCUCUCGUGUGAGCCCGUUUUCGCUCAUAUCCGCUUUCACGACAUCGAACUAUCUAUCUAUAUUAUGACGACAUCGUGCUAAUCUGGUGAUGAAGAUCAACGAUGACUUUAUGGCCAUUCCUAAUCUCUAUGGAUCAGGUGAUAAAACAAUACGACCUCGCUGAAUUUGGGUUUGUCUUGUUGUGUCUCAUUGCGUUCGAGUGCCAAAUUACCUUGGCAGAAAUGAGUGCCCUUCAUCCCUUGGUUAAAAAUGUACUAUAAUUUUUGACAAAAAAAAAAUAUUUUCCUAUAACUACCUUUUCUCGUGUUUUGUAAAAUUAAUUGUUUGACAUAUAAAUACAAAGUUUGCUACACA